UUUGGGUCCAGUCAUUCUACACGUUACUUCCACUCCGUUUGGUGUGCUCCUUUUCCGGUGUGCAUCGUAUAAAUAAGGUGUGCAAAGAUGGGUAAGCGGAAUAAUAUGAUCCCAAAUGGCCAUUUCCAUAAGGAUUGGCAACGUUUUGUGAAAACAUGGUUCAACCAGCCUGCACGAAAAUACCGCCGCAAGCAGAACCGUGUGAAGAAAGCCCGUUCUGUAGCUCCCAGACCAGUAAACUUGCUCAGACCUGUUGUUCACUGCCCGACGUUCCGUUACCAUACAAAGGUUCGUGCUGGUAAAGGAUUCACCUUGGACGAGUUGAAAGCCAGUGGUCUUAACAAACGAUUUGCUAAGACGAUUGGAAUCGCAGUUGACCCUAGGAGGCGCAACAAAUCCGUGGAAUCCCUACAGACCAAUGCACAGCGUCUCAAGGAAUAUAGGGCUAAAUUGAUUUUGUUCCCUAUCAAUGAGAAGAAGCCUAAGAAGGGUGAGGCUAGUGAAGAAGAGCGUAAACUCGCUACCCAAGUUAAGGGACAAGUAAUGCCAGUAAGGCGUCAACCUCCAGCUAGGUCUAAGGCACGAGUUAUCACCGAGGAUGAGAAGAAAUUCUCGGCCUACGUGACUCUUCGUAAGGCCAGAGCAGACGCCAGACUUGUCGGAAUCCGUGCGAAGCGCGUUAAGGAUGCUGCCGAAAACCCUGACGACGUGACUAAGGUUGCUAAGGAGAAGAAGGCUAAGAAAUAAACAUGCAUCAUCUUAACGUUGGUAUACCCAAUAAAAACACAUAAUUUCCAAAA